GACUUGGACGCCACUCCUCGACGGGACAUCGCCGAAGGCACACGCACACGACAAAAACAGUGUUCCCGAAGGUUGAAUAGUGAUCCCGAAGGUUGAUAGCCCAGCUGCAGGUGCGUCCUCCGGAGAGACUUAAGACUUAGAUACAGCUCAAGAAGAUUCGCUGUCGUGACCUUCUUCCACUAAGAGAGAGCAGAUAUGUCUUGGAUGGUAUCCGUCGCAGUGGUGGCCACAAUGGUCAGCCUAGUUCACAGUGACGCUGGACACUUUUUCGCAGAAACUCCAAAACAUUUGCCCAGAAUCGGACGACGUGGUGAUCUGCCCCCUCUGGUCAACCUCCUGAAUGAAGAAGACCCCAGAGGAACGAGUGGAGGAGGAGCUCCAACUGGCAGCAGUAUGACAGAGGCUCUGGCAAAGGUUGACGGUGAUGGCGAUGGCUGUGUCAGCCUACCAGAGCUACUUCGUAUUCCUAUGAUCAGAAUUGCCAUUCUUCUACAAGACCCAGCUUUAAUUGCUCCACAUGUAGAUGCAGAUGCAGCAAAUGAAAGUAGUGAUGAUUACGCAUCAGAUCGUCGGCCAGAACCUCGUCUGUUGCGCUACCUGAAGUAAAUAUCAACCUUGAGAACACAGUAAUCGACCUCCCCCGAAGAGAGCUCUUGAUUUAUUUCCACCCUGGUUGACGGACUUUGGACAAGACCUGAUUUUGGGAAAAAGACUCCCUAAAAUAGCCAAAGACGUAUACCUGUACACAAGCCUUAUCCCCUAAUGGAAGGAUAUAUCCCUUUCCAAUGCCUUGAUUUUCUUUUGAUUUGAUAUUCCCUUUCAUAAACAGUUAAAAACUUGAAAGUGAAUAGGCAGUCCUUGGUAUAUGACAGGGGUUCCAUCCUUGAGACGCAUCAUAAGCCAAAAAUCGUCGUAAGCAGAGACAUCGUCGAAAAUCGUCAAAAAUCCUAAGAAAACUUACUUUUAAUGCUUUGGGUAUGUUGAAAACUAUGUAAACUACAUUUUUAUUGCAUGUUUAUAAAAUAAAACUUCAAAUAUUGAUUAUUUUGCUUUUUUGGAGUCAUAUGUCUUCCGUCAGAUUGGCGUCGUUAAGAGAGUCAUAUUUCUUCCGUCGGAUCAGUGUCAUAACUCUGGAACAUGCGUUGUAAAUCUGGAAAACAUUUCUGAUGAAUAUAAUUGAAAAGCGUUAUAAACUUAUAGCGUCGUAAGCUGCAACCGUUGUAAACCAGGGACUGCGUAUAGACCUUAAUUCUUAAAAGCCAAUGAUUUCAUUUCUUUGAUGCAAUGAGACAAUUAUUUUCCAUUCAGAAUCGAUAUAAAACCACUAAUAAAAGAACCAUAAAAAUAUUAUCCAUGUUUCCAUGAAGGGGAAAUUAUAUCCAUAUGAAAUCUUCCAAGAGACCCUCAGGAAUCAUUUUCUGAAAUGCUAAAAUUCUCUUGAAAACUUUUAGAAACUUUGUUAAUAAGCUUUGUGUGUGUACAAGUAUGUUGUCCAUGUCUAUGCCAAACCUUUGAAAAAUGUAGCAGAUAACAUUUAUCUGUUUAGGUUUGCUGUGAACAUAUUUAUUUUAUAAUUUAAAUACUAAAUUAUUUAUUUACAUGCAAUAUUCUUUAUCAUUUAUAUGUUCUGUUAUUGCCCAUACAUAAACAUUACAUUUUCCUCAUCGUUACUUAAUCCUAAAGCAGUUUAAAACUAUAAGUUAAGCCUAUCGAAUGAGCAAUACCCAUAUCAUUAUCAUAUCACCAUACAGUAUUUCUUGAUAAAAGCAGCAGUAACCUUUCUAUAUUAUUAUAAAUCAACAAGUUAACAAACUUGACAACAAAGUACAGUAGGGUAUAGUAAUACAGAAACAAGUUACAAAAUUUUUUACCAGCAACAUUUAUUUGGAUGUUCAUUGACUCAAUUUGUUCAUGGUAUAGCUAGAUGGAUCUCAGUUUUACAUUUCUUUGCAUAAUGGUUUAGAUGCUGUAACUAGGGAACAAUUUCUUCCAGUGCUUGCAAUGCUGAGGAAACCGUUUCUUCUACUACCUCCAGCAUAAAACAACAAUCUCUGAAUAAAGGUUCAAAUUAACACCAUCCUCAGUUCCCUGUUGUUCUUUGUGUAUGUGUGUGUAUGUAUAUAUAUACACACAUAUAUAUAAAUAUAUAUAUACCAUAACUGAAAACUGAAACCUUUACUAUCCACAACAUUACCUACAAUGCAGUAAUACGAAGUUUGUUGCGCUCCUUUUGCGUGUGGUCAUCACUUCCAGUUUACUCUCUGUACAUUUUGCUUAUAUUAUUCAUACUCACAAUAUAUCUGUACCCUCUAGUUCUUCCUCAGUCUGUGAUAAACAAUCAUAUCUUAAUAUUUAACUUAUAUCCCUAUUCAUAGUCCUAAUCUUGUGACCUCAAUUUCAAAGAGCAUGCUCUGAUUCCAUUGCUUAAAAUCUACACAACAUGAAGAAUGGAGCUGAGAUCACUCAGGUGUAUAGUUGUGUGUGCUGAGGUUAGAAAUGCAGCAGUGAAGAUUAUGAUUAUUUAUCUACAAGUUUGAAUCUGAUCCAUUCUGUCUUGAGUGAAGGACCUCUCAUGACAUGCAUUGUAAAAUUCAGUAUACUUGGGACACAUAUCUGUAAGAAAAAUUAGGUAUACCAUAGAUGUUAAAAAUAGUCCAAGGUCGAGUUUGAUUUUUUCUGUAUUUUUGAGCUUAAAAUGAAAUGUGGCUGCUUCUUUUGUAGCAUUUGUGAAAUCUUUCCUGAUAUGCUUUGUGAAUGGAAUAUUUUCUCAAUAUUUUAUAAACUUUGUAAUACUGUACUCUUUUAAUUCAUGCCAUAGUUGAUUAUACAGUCAACUUGCUUCACAUCAUAUGUAUGUUGACUCUGUAAUCAGACCAUCCAGUUUAAUAAGUGUGUGUUUGUGUGCAUGUUGAUUUUGAUGGAUACAUUCUAUGGUAGAGGUUUUUGGUGUUUGCCCUACAUUCAAUAUACUGAGGCUGUACAAACUACAUACAGUAUUAUCUUCUGACAUUUUCAGUAAACAAAUAUAUUUACAAUGUUAACAUACAUGGUAGCAAUUAAGUUUUUAUGUAAAAAUUGGGUUAGCUGCACCUUGGUUUUUUUGGAAAGAGAACGGUCUAUGCGAAUGCAACCAGCCAGUGUACAAGUUUUAGAAAUAAAAGAAGUGAAGC